UUUUUAGUGGUCUGUCUCUUAACAAGUCAAGCAUCAUUCCUUUUGCUUGUCUCCUCGUCUAGCCAGUCUAGCAGACUUCACUUGUCUUACUUCCCACCUUUACGUUCUCUGUUACGGGCAAAGUGUCUUUAACCUGCCAGUCUUGCGAAGUCGAUCUUCGUUCUUUGAAAAGAAAACAACAACACCAACUACAUUGCCUGGGCGCAAUAACCACUCAUUACAGCCAACUUCAGACCACGGCUUGAAAAAGAGGGAAAGAAUCAACACCCAAAAUCACACGUGAUACGUACAUACAUCAGUCAACAUGAAGACCUCCGCCGUUACCCUCGGCUUCUUUGCCGCCCUCACAACCGCCUACUCUCAUCCUCGCCAUAUGCACUACCGCCGCUUCAACACCACUCUUCCCGCCGUCAGCUCUGUCGAAGCCGUAGUUAGCUCCUCCGAGGCUACUGCCGUUGCCUCUUCUUCGGCCGUCGAUCUUUCCACCGGGCUUGGUGCUAUCUCGACCGGUGUUCCUCUUUCAACUGGGGUCCCCCUUUCUACGGGAGUGCCUAGCUUCCUCGAUGCCGUCAAUGCUACGGCUACCGUCCCCGGAGCUCAGCCUCUCACCACCCUCACCGUCAUCGCCACUUCGAUCGAGACCAUCACUUCGUGUGCUGCCUCCAUCACCAACUGCCCUGCCAGGACUGAGGAACUUGCUGCGCUUCCCACCGAGGCUCUCGCCACUACGGUCGUCACCCGCACCGCUCAUCUCACCACCACCGUCUGCCCCGUUGCUGAUGCUUCGUCCAUCUCCUCCAGCGUUCUUGCCGGGGCUUCGAGCACUGGUAUCAAUGCCUCCCUCCUGUCCUCUGUUGCUCCCACAACCGCCCCUGCCGCGGUUACUUCCGCUCCCAUCUUCAGCAACUCUACCACUGUCCCGGCUGCUGCUGCGUCAUCCGGUCUCACCACUCUUACCGUGAUUGCUACCUCGGUUGAGACCAUCACUUCGUGUGCUGCCUCCAUUACCAACUGCCCCGCCAGGACCGAGGACUUGGCCAAUCUCCCCACCGAGGCUCUUGCCACUACGGUCGUCACCCGCACCGCUCAUCUCACCACCACCGUCUGCCCCGUUGCUGAUGCUUCGUCCAUCUCCUCCAGCGUUCUUGCCGGGGCUUCGAGCACUGGUAUCAAUGCCUCCCUCCUGUCCUCUGUUGCUCCCACAACCGCCCCUGCCGCGGUUACUUCCGCU